AUGCCUCCGUCAUCCAGUCAGCCAUCAAGCCAGCCAGAGGCCGGGGCCUCUACGGAUGAGAAGAGCACUCUUCCGUGGGCGGCGAUUCCUCGGUAUGUGCCGGGGGUAACUGACACGACGGAGUAUGCCAAGAAGCUCAAGUUUCUCUCAGAGGUUUGGCCUAAGGAACACUUGAGUGCUUUGGGACCAAGAGUUGCCUUACUCUGCGAGGGUACUGCAUUCAAGAAAAUUAGCAGGUUGGAUGCUGCUAAGCUCAAGGCCAACGACACCUCGGGAGUCCAGUUGAUUGUUACCACCUUAGGCGGGGCCUGGGGUCAGACAAUCCUGGAAGAGAAGUAUGAACAGUUCGAACGAGCGAUCUACAGUACUGUUCAGCGGAACGAUGAGACUCAUGACUCCUACCUGGCCAGACAUGAUAUUCACUUCGAGGAGUUGUUAGCCCAGAACAUCUCGUUUGAGGAGCUCAGAUCGUAUGUGCUACUGCGCCAGUCACAGCUGAGCAGUGAGGACAAGAAGCGGAUUGUGAUUGAGCACAGUGGAAAGUUGACUUACGAUAAGGUGAAGGCCUCAAUCAGACUUCUGGGUUCCAGAUUCUUUGGAGAGAUGCAAGGUCAACGUAGCAGCCAGCGCAACAAGGUAUACGAUGCCAACACCCUUGAAGAAGACAGCACCGAUGAACCCGAGAAAGCUUUCCAGGCAACCGCAUCUCCAAGCAUUCCAGCCGUCGAGGAGAAUGAGUAUGAGCUGGAGCCUGAAUAUCUCGAGGCCAUGGUGGCUUCAGAAGAUCAGGAUGCUUUGCAGGUUCAGGCCUUUGAGGAGGAACUGGAAGGCUUCUUCCAGGAGACACCAGAUUUGCAAGAGGCAUUGGUUUCCUACUUUGAGGCAAGGAACAGACUGUUGGCUAAGAAGAAGAGCCGAGGCUUCUGGCCAAUCAGUGGUGCGGGUCAAAGCAGCAAGGGUGGCCGUCCGUUCAAGGGCGGUAAGAGCGGAAAAGGAAAGGGCAAGAGCUCUCGCGAGCAGUUGCUCGCGCGAAUCGCCCGCAGCGUGUGCAGAGCCUGCGGAGAACGUGGACAUUGGAAAGCGGAAUGUCCCAAGUUUGGACGUCCAGGAUCCAUGAGUGGCAAAGGCGAGGCAGCCACCACCACAGUGGCUGAGGUCAUUGAGGAAACCGCCGCCAACGCGGCUUCCGGAUCUCAAGCUGCGGCUGUGCUUACCACGGUGCCCGAGGAUGCGAUUCCAUUGGCCGAGGCCAAUGUUGCAAUAUGCCUAGACCAGAGGGAACAUGUUCUUGGAAGCCUUAGAAGGGUAGCUGCCAACCUGAAAGCCCGAGCUGCCCAACCCAAACACGUGCAAAACAGGCAGCGCAACGCUGGGAAGGCCUCCUCGACUGAAGGUCCGGGCUCUCUGAAAGCUUCAACCAACAUGCAGCCUCAGCUCCGAAUCCCAAGAAGCUCCUUCAGGCCCCCAAAUGCGGUUGCGUAUGUCCUCAAUGAGCCUGUAAGAGCUAUCCUAGACACCGGAGCUAGUCGCUGUGUGAUGGGAAAGCGCCUCCUUUCUUCCUUCGUCAGUCAGCUGAGCGAUGCCACCCGGGCAAUGAUCAAGGUCACUAAAAGCGCGGUUAAGUUUCGGUUUGGGAACAACCAGACGCUUACCAGUGAGUUGCGGGUUCUUUUGCCAUUCCGGGCAGCGCAUCAACAGGUUUUGUGGCUGAGCAUUGAGAUUGUCCCAGGUGGAACACCGCUGUUGUUUAGCAAGAAGGCCAUUAAGCAGCUAGGAGGUGUAAUCGACACUUGUGAGGACGUGUGCCACCUGAAGUGUUUGCAGAAGAGCCUCCGGCUCAGCACCGGACCGACCGGUCUCUACAUGAUAGACCUAGCCCGCUUGUGCGAGGAAAGCGGCCAGGAGCAGAUGUGCCAUCAUGCCAGAGAUGUUAAUGAUGAAGUGAAGCAGAUGUUGAAAGAUCCGUCUGCAAACACCAGCCCAUCAGCUGAUGCCACAGAUGUACGUGUCAACAAUGCAGCAGUGCCUGAGCUCAAGAUUCGUGCGGACCUGGAGGGAAUGUCGCUGGAACGGAUGGGAGAUCUUGUCAUCGACUUUGGCAAGGCCAUGAAGGGAAAGAGGUACGAGGACGUGAUCCAGAACGAAGGGGAUUGGGUGAAAUGGUUCAUAGACCAUUACAAAAGCUCAGGAAAGCACGCUCACAAAGCAUUCUUGACAUAUGUCGAAAAGUACGUUUCACAAGCAGAACAGAUCGAGAAAGAGCUCCUUCACGACGAAGGGGUCUCCGAGCCUGCUCCGAAGGCUGUCGCCGGUCGUCCGAAGCCGAAGGCCGCUCCACGCCGGACCCUUGCAGCAUCAUCCAAUCAAGCCCAAGUGGAUCAGUGGGACCUGCUGUCCGUGAGUGGAGAGACCGAGCCGGCUCUCGACAACCAAGUUUCCGCGCUCGCAACGCGCAUGACGCAUAUCGAGCAUGUGAUGGAGCAGAUGUUGUGCGCGAUUCAACAAAUGCAGUCGCCGCCACCUGCUCAGGCCACUCCAAACAUGUCAGGUUCUGUGACUCUUCAAACUGUUGAGCCCCGGGCCCGUGAGCUCCUUCACAGCGAGGCUAGUGCCACCAGGCUAAAGGAAUUCCUAGAUCAGGUCCCCUGGCAUGCCAUCCGGAGUCGGUUCUCACCGGUUCGAGGCACCGUUCAGCCUUCGUGCCAGGGAAGCGGCAAGCCAACCGCCUAUGUCGUGUUUGGUACUUACAUUCAUGGCGGGGUCGUAGGGAUAACUCGCGUAACAAUGAAGUUCCCUUGGUUAGCCCGAGUCCUGGCCCGUUUAAUGCAGCUUACCGAUCCACGACAUCGCUUUACAUCCAUUGGGAUUGCGUGCAAUAGUUUGUCUUGCCCUCAUCGAGAUCAAUACAAUUCCUCGAAACAUCCCAAUUUGGUAGUACCUGUGAAGGUUCCUAGCAAAGGGGGUGAAGUGUGGGUCGCCCGAACCUCCGACGAUGAGCCUCAGGCCACCCAGACAAUGAGCUGCAGCGGUAAACAGGUUCAGGGUUUCCUUAGAUCAAUCGGUCAGGGUUCCCUAAAACUAGAUCCUCAUGUGUGGCACGCGACGAUGCCCUGGAGAGGCGACCGCACAGUGGCGAUCGGAUACUCGCUGAAACAUGCCUAUAAGCUUAGGACGGGUCAGGUGGGCUGGUUAAGACGCCAUGGUUUCGCCUUUCCUAGCCGGGUUAAUUUCGGAAAGGAAUCCACGCUAGUGGCCAAUGAGGCAUGCGAGUCGAGAUUUCCCGAGCCACUGUCUGAGGAUGUGCCUUUGAAGCAGGCAGCCGUGCGAGCUGCCCAUGCCUGUGCUGAAGCAGUUCUGCGAGCCGAGGAGGUUCAUCGCCAAUCCCAGCUCAUGUGGAGCUCACCGAAUGUCCCACUGCUAGAUCUUCUUGAGAUACAUGCCUCCCCAGAUAGCCGGUUGACGAGUGAGAUUAAUAGAUGUGGGGGAUCUGCCCGUAGGUUUACCACCCUAGAUGGCGAUCUAGCUACGGAACAAGGACAGCAGUGUUUGUGGGAUUUGGUGAAACGAACCCAACCGAAGCACAUUUGGAUCUCUCCGGAGAGUCGCUGCUGGAGCUCCUGGUCAGCUCUCAAUGCCGCUCGUAGCACCCAACACCAUGCCCGAAUGUUGAAGGACCGGGAAGCCUCGCAAGCGCAGCUCAGAUUGUGCGUCCAGCUCUGUGACUGGCAGAGGCGACACUUACGGGAUUUUCAUAUGGAGUUGCCUGGACAGAUCAAGGUGAGGGAUAUGUCCACCCUUAGACCGCUUGUAGAUAAGACCAUAAGAUCCCAAGUAGACAUGUGUGCUUUUGGUUUGCAGUCUCCCGUGAGUAGGCAACCCAUCCGCAAACGAAUCCAGGUGUUUAGCACUUCCCGUGAUAUGUUUAAGAGUCUUCAAGGUAAGAUCUGCCCCGAAGAUCAUGUUCAUCAGCCUCUGUCAGGCCGCGUUCUCAAAGGGGUGCCUUUGUCACAGUUUGCCGGGACAUACUGUCACGGAUUUGCAGAGCACGUUGCCGCCGUCAUUGUGUCGGGAAACACGUUUCCCGCAUUGGCUGUCGAGAAUGGGAUACCUGCCACCCGUAAGCGGUUUAAGACCUCCCUAGGUAGUCCCGCCCCGGUUGUUAGGAUAGAGCCCCAAAAGCGUGCCCACGAAAAUUCCCUAGACGACAGCCAGCCCUCAGAGUCGAAGCGCCGCUGCAGCAGUGUCGUGCAUGCCAUGUCAGAGUUGCCCGAGGCAACGUGGAUGCCUGUGUUCACAUCAGCCGCUAACUUGACAACUAAGGGUACAGUUUUAAUACCUCCCGAAAGCGAAGCCGCCCGAAAGCUACAGCAAGUCCUCGAGAACGUUAAUGUACUGCAAGCUUUUGUGGGUCGUAAGGUCCGAAACCUACAACACCCGCUUGGAGCCCUGCCACCCACCGUAGCACCAAUGAGACUUAGUCUGGGACUUCGUACAACGGCUGAUAACCAGGUCAAGCUUUUGUGUCUGGGUAACGAAGAUCGCACUACGAUGUUAGCCGAACGAAAGAAGAUGCGUAUUGAACCCCAGGACACACUCUUGACGAUUUUCGGCAAGUCUAAGGAUUCCCCAGAUGUUCCCCAAAGUAACGUAGCAGGUGAUACCCAGGCAAGCAGUUCAAUACGCAGCUCGGAGGGGUGUGAUCCACAAGCCGGCUCCUUGCCGGACAUGCAGGGAUGGGCACCGCCGCCCAUUCCAAUCCAUGGGCCUGCCUUUCGGAAUCUUAGUAAAGAAGAUCGUAGUCAACUAAUCCGCAUACACAACAACCUUGGCCAUCCAGCCCCGACUACCCUAGCCAAGCAUCUUAAAGCAGCUGGAGAGAAGCCAGCAAUGGUAGAAGCAGCCCUCGACUAUCAGUGCGACGCUUGUCUUGAAGCCACGGAACCCCGACAUCAACGACCCAGCAAACUACCUGAAGCCCUAGAGUUCAACGACUUGAUCGGGGUAGAUGGUUUCUUCUUUAAGAGCAAGUCUGGAUUCCGAGCGUAUGUGCUACAUGCUCUAGAUGAGGCCUCGUGCUUUCACUUGGGCCGACGGGCAUUGACCAGGGGCACCACACACGCCACGUCUGCCCUGUCAGACUUUUGGCUAUCGUGGGCCGGCAACCCACGACGAGUUUACCUUGAUCCUGCAGGAGAAUUCCGAUCGGAAGAGAUUUUAGAGUACUUUCAGGGUCUCAACAUUAAGACAUUUGUGACAGCAGCGGCCUGGCAACGGGGUAAACUUGAGAGACACGGGGAUAUCAUCAAGGAUAUGCUGAGUCGACUUGACACACACAGCCCCCUGGCCAAUGAUGACCUGUUUGACCAAGCGUUGCUUCAAGCAUUUCAGGCCAAGAAUGCCCUAGUUCGGCACCAGGGAUAUGCUCCGGAGCAGAUUGUACUUGGUAAGUCACUUAGGAUCCCAGGUAGCAUUACUUCGGAUGACGAUCUUGCGUCACACUUGUUGGUUGAAGGUGAAGAUCUUGAGGCCGAAAGACACCGCAAGCGUCUCGAGUUAAGGUGCCGCGCUAGACAAGUGUUCUGGGACUCUGACAACAGUCAGACCAUCCGUCGUGCUCUGUUGCGCCGCAGCAAUCCCGUGCGUGGACCUUAUAAGCCGGGAGACUGGGUUCUGUACUGGAUGCGUAAAGGGUCUCCUAACCGCUUAGCUGCAGGAAGGUGGCACGGGCCCGCCCGUGUAAUAUCUCAGGAGGGGUCUUCUAUCACCUGGGUAUCGCACGGGACAAUCAUUUUACGGUGCGCUCCAGAGAACCUGAGACCCGCAAGCCUGCGUGAGUGGCAACAGCUUUCAGCUGCUGAUGCUGAGCUACCUUCUAAGAACGCAGGAGGUGCCAACACAUAUGUUGAUCUCACCAGCCUUAACACCAUCUCUGCUCAGCUGAUGCCAAGUACCCAGCUACAGUCUAGUGGCGAAGUGAUGGUACCCAUACCUUCCCCUGCUGUUCCUCGCCCGACACCGGCGGAUGACGAUGAAAUCGCCCAACCCGAACAAGAACUUACCCCACAAGUAUCCCACAAUCCUGAGGGAACAGACAGUGGACGAGAAGUUGAGCGCGAAUCCAGUGUUCCUCCUGGACCCGCAGCCCCUUCUCAGAUUCCUGAAUCCGUUCCAAUCGUCGUCCCUGGAGCUCCAGCUUCAAUGUCCGAUGCCCCUAGCACAGCUCCAGCUGAUGCCUCAAAUGUUCCAAUCCCCGAAGAUGAAGAUGAUGGACUGCUAGCCGAAAACAUCUUUCUUGCGAGCAGUCCGCUGGGAGCAUCAGACGACGAUGAUCUAGGACUGACAACCUUCACCACGUUGCAAACCAGUGCGUGCGCCUCUGGGCCACCCUUGGCCGAGGACAACCUCCCUUUUGUAGAGCAGCCGUUAAUGUGUAGUGAGCACCAAGCCUAUUGUCUUGAAAUUCCAGUAAGGGCUAAAGACCUAAAGAAGUGGGCCAAGGAAACUGCACCCGAACAACUCACUCUCUUAGCCUCCAUAGGCAAAAGAGCCCGAGCUGAGGUACAUGUGAAGGAUCUUUCCAGAGCAGAGCAAAUUCUGUUCGAAGAAGCAAAGGCCAAGGAGUUGCAAUGUUGGAUUCAAACGUCUGCCAUUAAGAGUAUCUUGAGAAAGCAGCUGAACCCCGAACAAAUCCUUAAAAGCAGAUGGAUCCUUACUUGGAAAAAUCCCGAACCUGGGGAAACCCAAAGGCGAGCCAAGGCCCGCCUGGUCGUGUUAGGGUAUCAGGAUCCUAAGUUAACGGAUGUUGUUAGGGAUGCCCCAACUCUUUCCAAAGAGGGCCGUGCCUUGGUUCUGCAGACGAUUGCCUCAUCUCGCUUUGAGCUGAGCUCCUUCGACAUCAAAACUGCCUUCCUCCGCGGUAAAGCUGAUGAGCAGAAUCCUCUAGCUGUGGAGCCCCCAAAGGAGUUACGUAAGGAGCUGGGAAUGAGCGAUGAAGAAGUGUGCCAACUUUUGGGCAAUGCUUAUGGACGGGUUGACGCGCCGCUGCUCUUUUACAAAGAGCUCAGUAAGCAACUUCGUGAACUAGGAUUCAUUCAGCACCCACUUGAGCCAUGUGUGUUCUUGCUGUAUACCGAAGGAGUUUUGAACGGUAUCCUAGGGGUUCACGUAGAUGAUGGAGUAUGCGGCGGAGAUUCCAAGUUUACCCAAAAGAUUCAAGCUCUCCAAACUAAGCUGCCCUUUGGAAGCCGAAAGUUCCGAAACUUCAUUUUUACCGGUAUCCACCUUGAGCAGUUCCCAGACUACUCCAUUCGUGCUUCCCAAGGUGAGUAUGUCCGAAACAUCCCGCAAAUCGACAUAGGCCGUUCCCGUAGAGUAAACCCCGAAGCCCUUGUCACAGAAUCUGAGAGAUCAAAGUUGCGGGGCUUGGUGGGAAGUCUCCAGUAUGCUGUGACUCACACUCGUCCCGACAUGGCAGCAAAGCUUGGCGAGCUUCAAGGUCAAAUCACUCAGGCCAGUGUGCAGACUCUUUUGCAAGCCAAUAAAGUGCUGCGAGAAACCCAGGAGCAAGAGCAAGUGAGCAUACAUUUUCUCCCAAUUCCUCCUAAAGACAUCACCUUUGUGUCAUUCGGCGAUGCAUCCUUUGCAUCAUCGAAGAACCUUAAUUCCCAUCAGGGAGCACUUGUAUGCGCCACAGACAGCCGAUUGAACCAAAACCGCGAAGCUCCAUUGUCCCCUCUUACCUGGACCUCUAAGAAAAUCCCUAGGGUUGUUAGGUCCACAUUAAGUGCAGAAGCCUACGCAAUGUCCAAAGCUGUGGACAUGUUGGGAUGGAUGCGAGCCUUGUGGGGUGUUGUGCAUGUGCCCACUUUCAAGUGGCAACAGCCAGAGGAAGGUUUCAAGAAAUUAAAUACAGCCGUCAUAGUCACUGACUGUAAGUCCUUGUUCGAUCUUGUCACCCGCCUGGCAAUGCCCGCUUGUGAAGAGCACAGGACCACACUGGAAGUACUGUUGAUCAAGCAGCGAUGUGCUGAGAAUGCAUGCUUCAGGUGGAUUCCCACCACUCUUCAGGCAGCCGACUGCCUCACCAAAGUCAUGGACGCAACGUUGCUGAGAACAGUACUUUCCCAAGGCCGCUUCAAGCUUUUUGACACGUCUAAAGUCCUGGAGAAGGACGCCCAGCGGCGACAAGCCAUCCAGUGGCUUUCAGAACCUCCCGCUUCCGAGGAGUCUUGA